AUGACAACAGCUAGCGCUGCUAGCGUUCCCGUGUAUACCACAAAGUUCUGGUACGACUUGAUCGAUUGCUGUCCGAUAAUUGCUCCUCCGGCCGUCAAUCCCGCUAAGAAAAGCAGGCCAAUGACAAACGCAAGCGUAGCGUACCGCUUGCCGAAAUCUUUCGUUGGAGACACAGCUCCGCAGCAUGCAGGCGUCAAGCUCAGUGCAGAAGAACUGAAGAAUCCGUAA